AUGGCCGGCGGAAGCACCUUCACCUGGUCCCACGCGCUCCGCCUCGACUCGACCAAAUCACCCUUCACCUCGCCUCUCCCCCAAACCCACCAAGCCUUCAAAGGCGUCAAACCCGUCUCCUGGAAACGCUACAACAUCGGAGGCCUCCUCGUCACAAUUUACGGACAAGAUGAACUUGCCCAACACCCGUCCGAGAUCGUCUGCAUGUGGCUGCUGCACGGAAGAGGGGAUACACAAGAUAGCAUGGCGUACACCGCGGCGGGGCUGUUGGGUGCAUGGAAUAGCCAUCGACAAGGAAAAGGCGAAGGAGUAAAAGGCUUGAUCUGUAUAUGUUUCGACCAGAGGAACCACGGAUCCAGAAUGGUCGAAAACAACAACAACAUCUCCUGGAAACAAGGCAACCCCACCCACGGACCCGACAUGUUCUCGACGUACUCCGGCACGGCCCACGAUUUGAGUCUCUUAAUCACCCAGAUCGAAUGGUACCUCCCCUACAAACUCCACGACCACAUCUGCGGCGGCGUCAGCCUCGGCGGACACGCCUCGUGGAUCGCACUGAUGCGCGAACCGCGUCUCCGAGCCAGCAUGAUCAUCGUCGGCUGCCCGGAUUACGUGCGGCUCAUGACGGACCGCGCGGUGCGGAGUAAAGUCCCCUCGACGCUGACGACGGAGCCACCCGGACGGGACUUCCUGGGUUCGAGAGAUUUCCCGCAGGCGCUGGUCGCCGCGGUGGAGAUGUACGAUCCGGCGGGGAUUUUGCUUAGUGAGUUGGAUGUGUAUGGGCCGAAUGAUCAUGAGCAUGAGCUGUCGGAGGAGGAGGUGGGGAGGUUGCGGCCGGUUUUGGAGAGGACGCUUGCGGGGAAGAGGGUGAUUUGUUUGAGUGGGGGAAAGGAUAGACUCGUUCCUUAUGCGCAGAGUAAGGUGUUCUUGGAGUGGUUGAAGAGGGCGAUUGAUAAGGAGAGUGGAUGGGCGAGAGAUCAGAAUAUCCAAUUAACGGACAUCGUCGAUCCGGAUGCUGGACACGAAUUCUCCAAGACCAUGAGGGAACACGCCGAACGCUGGAUUAUCGAUUACCUCUCGUCAGACAAUACGACCGAAAGACACAGCAAGCUCUGA